UCAUUUCGCACAAUUAACUAUUCGCAAAUAUGGCAGCGAAAUUACUAGUAGCUGUGGCGCUCUUUGCUAUGUGCCAGUCCAGCCCUGUUCUUAUAAACGGAGUACUAUACCGUGAUGGACGUGGCUUCUCUAUCGGCCAGGGCUACAGCAGCACUUAUGGUGGCAUCAGUCAGGCGUCUGGUUCAGCAAGUACUAGCGGUGGUUCCGCUCAAGCCUACGGCAGUGGAUCCACUGGCGCUCAAAUUGCCCGCAAUGACGGUUUCGCAGAGAUCUAUCCCGGACAAGCCGUUGCCCAGGCACAAGUUUACGAUGCUCCUGAAAUACCCUCAUAUGGUUCUGCUAAAGCAGUAGCUGAGGCCCAAAAUGGAGCACCAUACUACCCUGUCCCAGCUCCAGCAACUGUCAUCACCUACGAACAGAACUUUGAAGUGCCCGCUGAAAUCAGUUACGAAAUCCCCGCCCAGGGUCCAGUCUCUGCUCAUUCAUCUGCUGUUAUGAAUGGCAAUUCCGAUUCGGCCAUUUCCUCUGCAAUCACCAAUGGAGCUGGGUCAGCUCAAUCUUCAUCUCAAACCCAAAGAGGCAUUGGCAGCUAUGGUAUUACAUCUUCCAACGCGAAGACUUUCGGUUCUGGUUAUGGAUCCGCUGCAUCAAACGCUAACAAUGGGUAUGGCUCUGCCGUAACUGCUGCCAGGACUCAAGGAAUUGGUGGAUUCGGUUCUGCCUCCUCACAAGCUCAAAACGGCGUAGGUUCGGCUCUAUCGACAGCUCAGACUCAAUCCAAUGGUGGAUAUGGUUCAGCCUCUUCCACAGCAACCAACGGUGAUCUCGAAUCUACCAUUGUCGCUGCCAAGACACAAAAUUAUGGUGCUAAUUAUGGAUCGGCUAACGCAAACGCCAAUGUAAAUGGUCAAUACGGUAGCGCUAUCUCAUCUGCUAAGACGUCCAACAAGAAAGGUAUUAGCUGGCGUUUCGGAACCGCGUAUGAUAAUCCAUCUGGAUCUGCUAACGCCCAAGCCAACACUCAAUCCGGAUACGGCGCUGCCAAAUCAACUGCUCAAACAUACAACAAUGGUUUUCCCCAAGCAGGAUACGGAUCCGCCAACGCUAACGCUGACGUAAAUGGCGCUGGUGCUGGCUCUGCUAAGUCUGCUGCUAACACUAUGGGUGGAUAUGGAUCCGCUAUCUCUAGUGCCAACCUUGGCUCUGGUUACGGAUCAGUUAAGUCCGCUGCCAACACACACGGAUCAGUGUAUGGCGGUUCAAGAACCGCUGCUGACGCUCAGAGCUCUGGAUUCGGCAAUGCCUCUUCGUCUGCUAAAACUCAAGGCUUAACAACUGGCUACAGGAUCGCCAACUCUGCGGCCAACACAUCUGGUUUUGGAUCCGCUCACGCCAAAGCCCAGAGUAUGUAAAUACAAGUUUUACAACUCUAUAAGCAAUGAUAUUAAGACGACUUCCGGCUGUUGGAAAACUUGUCUUGGUGUUUUUGCUACAGUUUUAUAGCAUUUAUAGAUUAAGUAUUUAUUUAUUUAUUGAAUGUGUCCUCUAGUUCAUUUGAAGUCUGAACAUUUGAUAACAUAUUUUGAGACUGCUAUUUAUUUACGAAAUAAAGAAAAA